GUUUAUCCACUGAACUACUUUGUAUAAUUUUACUACGUUCUUGUAUAAUUUAGUUUUUUAAUAAUCUCAUACUAAUUUACAUCCUGUAAAAUGGCUCUCUGUGUUUGUAAAUGCUUAAAUAUAUCUUUAGAAAGUGAUAAUUUUGAAGAAAUAAUUGAUAUCGGAAAACUGGAUUUAUCUUUGACGGAACAAAGGGAUAUUUUUUUCAGUGAGAAGUUACUUUUAUGCCCUUCCAAAUCAUUGAAAAGCCAUGUGGUUCAGCCGGCUUUGAUUGGACACCGUAUUGUUGGUCGCUACAAUAUAGAAUCAUGUCUUGCAUGUGGGCAGACUACACAUGCAAUAUUACAUGAAAAGAAUACUGUUCUAAUUUUAAAAUCAAUUCAAACUUCAGUGGAACACAUAAAUGACUUGAAAAAAUCAGAGAAUUUCUCACCAGUAUUUAAUUUAUUAGUGCCAGAAGUAACAAAUGAUAUUGAAAUGAAAGAGAAUGUUGAUACAAAUAAUCAAAUGAUUAGUGAUAAAAAUGGCUGCUCUCCAUCUAUUCAAGUGAUUGGAACACUGAGAAAGCAACUUAAUCAAACACUGCAAUCACAACUAGAAGCUAUAGAAGAAACUGUAAGGCAAUUCAGAGAUCAGAAAUAUGCAGAAUAUGAAGCUUACAGGGAAAGGGCUCAGAGAGAUCAUAAAAUUUUGUCUAGUAUUGUUAGUAAGUCACGCAACACUGCUGAAAAAGAUAAUUGGGCAAAUAAUUCAACCUUAGACAAUGGACCACCUUCACCUCUUUUACCACCUCUGCAAAGGAGAAGAUUAUCUUCAAUUAAAGAUGCUAAAAAAUUCAAUCAAAAUGUAAAGACGACUCAAAUACCGCAUGAAGAAGAUUCUUUAGAUGCUGAGGAUAUUUUUGAUUUAGAAGGAAUGGAUUCUAGAAACUACAUGGCAUCGGACCAGGAUGAUUAUGAUUCUGACCAAGGAAGUAAUGACGAAGGUAUACACAUAGUGCGAUCCCGUGGCGUCGCCGACGCCGACAUCGCCCGCUCGCUUCCUAUUAACAUGCCCAAAUUUCCAAUGGAAAGACCGUCAGUGAGGGAUGUCGACGACUUUGAGGAGCCGGCCGACAUCGCGGCCAGCAUCAAGGCGCUGGCGCGCUCCGUGCACGGCGACGUGUUCGAGCUGCCGCGCCCGCGCUUCUCCACGCAGAUCUAGCGCCGCCCGUCGCUACUCCUAACUCGUGAGGACAUCCGCUGGAGUUGUCGAGACGAGGUUCAUACUGCCCUCGCAUUGGUGCUUUUGAAAUGUGAUCAGUGACCCUAAUACCGCUAUAUGGACAGCUAAAUGUUAGUAUGACUUGACGCCGGACGGCUGAAAUAUUUCGAUGAUCGAUGUCAAUGUUUGCGAUCGACGUGCCAUGCGCUGUGGACGGCCGGCUACUUUCAGUUCUAGCUUUAUAUUUCUUCCUAGAUGUGUAGUUUUAUUCGUGCGACAGAUUCAGAUAUAUGAUAAUAAUGGAAAUCAAAAUGUGGUUGUAAUCUUGUAAACUUCCAUAGUGCAUAUAUAAGGACUUAUGUAGUAUGUAAGCAAGAGGCUAUGAAUGUUGUUAAAAACAGAAUAUAUAAAAAAUAAACCAAAAAAUUGUUACAAGCCGGCGAGGACGCGACUUCUUAUAAAGAACUGAUUUGUUUAAGUAAAGUUUGAAAACUCAUUCGUAAAUUAGAAUGAUCAUGUUAAUUGUCAUUAGAAUAUAAAAGAUAAUUAUCUCUAGCUCCCUCGGUUUUAUAAUGUAUAAGAACAAAGUCUAUUAAGAAUGCUGUAACAAGGAUAAUCAAAAUUAACUUUACAACACUAUUCAUUAAACAUGUCUGUUAUAAUUUAAUAAAUAUUAGAUUAUGUAGAAAUGAUAGCUCAGGGAAUUGAUUUAGGGACCAUCCUUAUAUUACAUAGUUUCAAAAGUACAAUAAACCCCCGACAUGUGAUAAAUAGUGUAAUCUAAUUUGUAACAUUCAUUACUGUGUAUGUAGAAGUAUUUCUUAAUUGUCCUGUAGUCAUUGAAAAUAUCUAUUAUGCUGAGGUAAUUUCUUGUAUUUUACUUUAAUAAGAAUUAUAUUAUAGAAAAAAAAACAAACGAACAAGUAUUAUUGAAAUUAAUCAUGUUUUAUUGAAUUUUCAGUCGGAUAUAAAAAUGAAUAUUUUAAUAUAAAGUUAAUCAUGAUAAACCUUGUUACACCAAUAAAAUGUGUAUGAAUCCUACGUGACGUUCGCGAUAUAAUCUUUGUCCUGCUGGCACAACUAAGAGCCAUCGAGCAAAGAAUUGAAUGUGUAUGAAAGUGUAUGUCGAUGUCGAUGAACUUGUUGAAAAUAAUAUCUAUGUGUAUUAAAAUUAACAUCUAAGUCAUAUCUCUGUUAUAGAAUUCAGAGUUUUUUUUAAUUAAUUUUUACGUCGUGUUAUCUUAAUGAUAAGUGAAAAGUGUACAAAAAUAUUAAUACUUGCAUUUCUUACUAGUCUUUUAGGGUCACGAAAUAAAUCAUAGUUGAAAAUUGUUUACAUACCCGAAUUGUUUACACAGUAAAUAUAAUUCUGUCAUCAUGCUUACUUAAAGAAUUGUAAUAAGUUUAUUUUUAUAUUCGAUAUAUUGAAUGAGUACAAUAGGACAGGAAUGAAACGAGUUGGCGGUAGGCGUUCGUAUUUGUUUGUGUACAUUUUGUUUAUAUGAACAGUUACAAUAUAUAGUUCUAUGAUCAGUGUCUUCCAGUAGCACUGUACUAAUUAAUCAUUUUCUCUACUAUUUUAAUGUAAUGUCAGUUUUUCAGCCAAUUGUAUUACUUUUUUUUUUUUGUAAUAUUAUUUGUUUCUUUGGAGUGACGAUAACGAGAUGGACUUUGAAUGUAAGGAAUAGUAGUAAUCAUGUAAUAAAAAUGACAGAAU